AUGGCGGAUCAGCAACCAACGCAGAGCUCCCUGGCAUCUACCUUCCCCAACCCGCCGCACUUCUGGCACGACUUCACACCUGAUCGGGUCUCUAGGCUUGAAAGCCUUCGAAAGACGCGCGCUGGGCAGCCAGGAAGUGCUGUUGAGACCACGACAGACUGGAGGAUCCCAGAUCUUCCCGAGGACCUGACCAACCUACAGCCACCUCCCGAGCCCGCUCUGGGACAGUGGAGAUGUUUUGGGGAUCUAUAUACGAUCAAAGACGAACUUCCAGCCCUUGAAGAGCAGGGUAUCGAGCGGCUUGUGCCACAGGCGCCCGAGCCGAGUUCCACCGAUAAGCACACCGAUCGAGCUUUUGAGCUGAAGCGUCUUGCCAAGUCUAUCCUGCUCAAUUUCCUAGAGCUGCUCGGCGUCCUCGGCACCAACCCCGGCCAGGCUGAAGAGAAAGUCACGGAUAUCCGUAAUCUCUUCAUCAACUUCCACCAUGUUGUGAACGAGUACCGCCCUCAUCAGGCGAGAGAGAGCCUGAUUGCGUUGAUGCAAACACAAUUGGACAAGACAAGGGCCGAGACGGCUGCCGUGAGAGCAGCCACCGACAAGGCAAAACGAGUCCUCGAGGGCUUGGGCAGCAUCGAAGUCCCCGACCAGGCGACUCUGAUUGGCGACGCUAAUGGUGAAAGGCCCGGCUCUGCCGAGGAACAGAAAGAAGCAGCAUACUGGGAGAGUGAGCGGGAUCUAUGGGCAACGAUUGACGCCGAAUUCGCUUAG